AUGUUCACGUCAUCGAAACAACCUUCGCGCACAAGGCACGUACAGUACGUGCUGUUCGCUGCCAAUAACCCCACUUUCUACUCAGAAUCCGAUUUCCAAGGUGUUUCGAGACGAAGCGAUGAUGGAGGGAGCGCACUGGAAGAAGUAUCUUACAAGCGAGGACGGCAAUGCCUGGUUCGAACCUUGGCCAAGCUUGACGUGCUCGCCGCCCUCGUGGAGAACCAACAGGGAGGGCGUAGGGAGCAACCCUUCCGCGUCCUGAUGGUCGGGGAUAGCACAAUGAGGCACCAGUACGGCGCCCUCUGCGGCUUCAUGGGCGAGAGAGGGGGGCGACGAUAUAACCCCAGGGAGGAAGGAGGAGGGCGUGGGCUCUGCUUCGAGCUUGACCAGUUGCGCUUCCUUGACCCGAAGCGGGCGGGGGAGACGUCCGUGGACGCCUACUACUUCGGCAGCGGUCUCCACCUGCUGCACAUGUUGCCCCACUGGCCGGAGAUGAACCCCAUGGAACCGCUACGAGUGCAAUCGUGGUUGAACUACGAGAGUCUCCUCGAGGGAGUAGUCCAGGCUGUUCGGAAGAAAAGCGGACAGAAUGUGAAGUUGAUUUUCAUGACGAAUCACGCCAUCGCCGACCAACUGCUGUGAGCCGUGUUUUUAGCCGCGGGCAGGAGGGAGAAUCCUUCAAAGGUUUCCCUGGCGGUUAAGAGAGCUGUUAUCGGAACCUUUUCUCAAGGAGAGCCGGUGUCCGGUUAUCUUCCUUUUGCUUGAUAGGUGGAGAAUGUCCCCCCUAUCCUGCCCAUGCUCGAGCUUUUGAGAAGUUGCGGUUUGUGGUGGACAGCCCGUGCUCCGGUACCUCGCUUCUGCUGUAUUGAUUUUUCGCCGGAGAUUUCGUUCUUGCCCCCCCCCCCCCCUCCCGGUUCAAUUUUUGCACACAAAUGGGUGGUUUUACUCCAUGUGCGCCCAUCAUGGGUACCCUUAGGCUGUUGGUCGUAGGGAUUUCCACCG